UUCCUCACUUGUAUAACUUUCCAAUCUCAUGCAAGAAAGAUGAUCCUAAAAUUUCUAUCAUUCCAGUUUCCUUUAAAGCACUGCUCGGUCCUACCCUUUUCCCCUCGUCCUGUAUACAAAUCUAUAAUGGCAACUCCUCCUCCUGUCCCAUUGUCGGCACAUGAAGAGCAUAUUUUCCGAAGCCGAUAUCCCGCAGUUCUGGUGCCAGAAAAUGUGACAUUGCCAGAUUUUGUAUUCCAGGAUUCUGAAUUAUAUGCAGACAAGGUAGCAUUUGUGGAAGCUGUGACUGGAAAGGCAUAUACUUAUGGCGAAUUGGUUAGAGAAACCAGGAGGUUUGCUAAGGCCUUGAGGUCUAUUGGCCUUAGAAAGGGACAUGUAGUGAUUGUUGUGCUCCCAAAUGUUCCUGAAUAUGGAAUUGUAGCACUGGGAAUUAUGGCUGCUGGUGGAGUUUAUUCUGGUGUCAAUCCUGCUGCUCAUGAAUCUGAGAUUAAGAAGCAGGUUCAGGCUGCAAAUGCCAAGAUAAUUGUCACCAAUGAUCUUAGCUAUGGAAAGGUGGCGGGUCUAGAGCUUCCAGUGAUUCUGCUAGGUGAAGCUCGCAUUGGAAGUGCCAUGAAUUGGUAUGAACUGCUUGAUGCAGCUGACCGAGCAACCGAUAAAUAUGCCUAUGAAGACGUCCACCAGAAUGAUCUAUGUGCACUUCCAUUCUCAUCAGGCACCACAGGGAUGUCGAAAGGUGUAAUGUUAACUCAUAGAAAUCUGGUAGCUAAUCUAUGCUCAAGUCUCUUCAGUGUUGGACCUGAAAUGGUUGGUCAGGUUACUACACUUGGGCUAAUUCCAUUCUUUCAUAUAUAUGGGAUCACUGGAAUAUGUUUUGCCACUCUUAGGAACAAGGGGAAAGUGGUGGUGAUGAGUAGAUUUGAGCUCAGGACAUUCCUGAAUGCCCUCAUCACACAAGAGGUCACAUUUGCACCAAUUGUGCCGCCAAUUAUUUUGGCCUUAGUUAAGAACCCUAUAGUAGAAGAAUUUGAUCUCAGCAAGCUCAAACUCAGGGCAAUUAUGACUGCAGCAGCUCCACUUGCUCCUGAGCUACUCACAGCGUUCGAAAACAAGUUCCCUGGAGUCCAAGUCCAGGAGGCAUAUGGACUGACUGAGCACAGCUGCAUCACACUCACUCAUGGGGAUCCUAAUUUAGAACAUGGAAUUGCAAAGAAGAACUCAGUAGGGUUUAUCCUUCCAAAUUUGGAAGUCAAGUUCAUAGACCCUGACACUGGUAGGUCUCUCCCCAAGAACACCCCUGGUGAAAUUUGUGUAAGAAGCCAAUGUGUAAUGCAAGGUUACUAUAACAAUAAGGAGGAGACAGACAGGGCUAUUGACAAAGAUGGAUGGCUACACACUGGUGACAUUGGGUACAUUGAUGACGAUGGGGAUAUUUUCAUUGUGGAUCGUAUCAAAGAACUUAUCAAAUAUAAAGGUUUCCAAGUAGCUCCAGCUGAGAUUGAGGCUAUCCUCCUCACUCAUCCCUCUGUUGAAGAUGUAGCUGUCGUACCGCUGCCAGAUGAAGAGGCAGGGGAGAUCCCAGCUGCAUGUGUGGUGAUGAAGAAAGAAGCCAGAGAAAGUGAAGAAGAUAUAAUUAACUAUGUGGCAUCUAAUGUUGCCCAUUAUAAGAAGGUAAGAGUAGUUCACUUUGUAGACGGUAUCCCAAAAUCACCUUCUGGAAAAAUAAUGAGAAGGCUUCUUAAAGAAAAGAUGAUUGAGAAGAUUAAAGUCAAUGAUCCAAAGCCAAUGACCAAGGCAGCAGCAGCAGCUCCAGCUCUCAUAUGAUGACCCACACCAACUUUGAUUAAUUACUUUUUGGGGUUAAUGUUUAAUAAUUAUGUUUAAUGACUUUGUUUCAGUUAUCAUCAUAACCCCUUUUUUGCUUUUUUAUUUUUAUUUUUAUUUUAUGGACAAUACAUUCAUGUCUUUGUGUCCUUUGGUUAAGAUAAUGUUUGGCUCCUUUUUUUUUC